AUGGCGUCUCGGUUCACAGCCCGCGUUCGGAUGCUGCUUCUGCAGGCUGUAGGUUUUCUCAUCGGCCUAGUAGGCCGAGCAGCUCGAGCUCUAGGCAGUCCUAAGUUUGACUCAAGGACCACCCGUCCCGUGACUGAACCAUUGCUACCUUCGGGGGUGCAGUUGGCCAAGCUGAUCAGACAGAGAAAGGUGAAAUGUAUAGAUGUCAUUCAGGCUUAUAUCAAGAGAAUCAAGGAUGUAAACCCAAUGAUCAAUGGAAUUGUCAAGUACAGGUUUGAGGCAGCUGAAGAGGAGGCUCAUGCUGUAGAUCAAAAACUAGCAGGUAAAGAGGAAGAUGAAGCCACUCUGGAAAAGAAAUGGCCAUUUCUUGGGGUUCCUUUGACGGUAAAGGAAGCUUUCCAGCUACAAGGAAUGCCCAAUUCCUCUGGCCUUGUGAACCGCCGUGAAACCAUUUCCAAAACAGAUGCCACUGUGGUGGCAUUACUGAGGGAAGCAGGUGCCAUUCCCCUUGGAAUGACCAAUUGCAGUGAGUUGUGCAUGUGGUAUGAGUCUAGUAACAACAUCUAUGGUCGCUCCAACAACCCUUACGAUUUGCGGCGUAUUGUAGGUGGAAGUUCUGGUGGUGAGGGCUGUACCCUGGCUGCUGCGUGCUCAGUGAUUGGUGUGGGCUCCGAUAUUGGUGGUAGCAUUCGCAUGCCAGCUUUCUUCAAUGGAGUUUUUGGACACAAACCCUCCCCAGGUGUGGUUCCCAAUAAGGGUCAAUUUCCUGUGGCUAGGGGAGCACAGGAGAAGUUUCAGUGCACAGGUCCAAUGUGCCGCUAUGCGGAAGACCUGACCCCCAUGCUGAGAGUCAUGGCAGGACCUGGAAUAAAAAAGUUAAAACUAGAUGCAAAGGUUAAUUUAAAAGACUUGAAAUUUUACUGGAUGGAGCAUGAUGGAGGCUCAUUUUUAAUAUCCAAGGUGGAUCAAGACAUCAUUGAAGCAAUGAAAAAGGUUGUGGCUCACCUUGAAGAUGUUCUAGGAGCCUCAGUUCAACAUGUCAAAUUGAAACAAAUGAAGUAUUCUUAUCAGUUGUGGAUCACAAUGAUGUCAGCAAAGGGACGUAAUGGGGAGGAACCUGUGAAAUUUGUGGAUCUGCUUAGUGACCAUGGAAAGCCCAUCAACCCUCUGUGGGAACUGGUCAAAUGGUGCAUGGGUCUGUCAGUUUACACUAUCCCCUCCAUUGGGUUGGCUUUGUUGGAGGAAAAACUGAAAUAUGACCAUGAGAAAUACAUAAAAUUUAAGGCAUUGGAAGAAAGUCUGCAUCAAGAGCUGGUGGGAAUGCUAGGUGAUGACGGUGUGUUUUUAUACCCCUCACAUCCCACAGCGGCUCCAAAGCACCAUGUUCCUCUGACAAGACCUUUCAAUUUUGCCUAUACAGGUGUCUUCAACGCCUUGGGUUUGCCCGUGAUUCAGUGCCCAUUGGGUCUGAAUGCCAAAGGCCUCCCUCUAGGCAUCCAGAUUGUAGCUGGACCAUUUAACGAUCACUUGACCCUGGCUGUGGCCCAGUACUUUGAGAAAUGUUUUGGGGGGUGGGUCUGCCCUGGAAAGUUUUAGGACAUUCCUUAAAAACAAGUUGUAUGUAUGUGCGCUUGUGUGAAAUUACGCUCUAGCAGGCUGUAGAUAAAAAGCAAGUGGGGAAUUCAU